CUCAGGGGGAGACCCCCUAGAACCCCCUCGUCACUAGUCACACUUCCCGAAAAGCUUUUCAACAUCAACUUUCGACUUUGAGCUUCUCAGACCCUAUCCCCCUCCUUCAGUCCCGCCUGUUUCAAAUAAAAACUCCAAAUCCAACAACUCAACUCCGUAUCCAUACUAUGUGCGACUACACACAAGUUGAAUUCCGUUGCUGCUAUGUCCGCUACACAGUUCAGCAUGGUGUCAGAACUACGAGAAUACCCAUAAACGCUGCCCCCCAAGUGUUAUGGCAAUCGAGUUUAGACUGGAUGAACGCUGCGGUGAUUGCCAUGCCCCAGCGAUUCAUCCGCCCUGGAUGACUCGAUAAACAAAGAAUACUCAGAUCCAAACUUAAAGAAGAGGGUAGAGUUGAGAGUGCUUAGAUUGGUAGGGGUUAAGCUGUAAUACGUUUUCCGGUCCAUGGGGAUUUUCUUAUUUAGUUUGAAUCAAAUGAGACCCUCCUACCGCUCAUCUGAAUAUUUGUGACAUCUUAUAACACG